GUAAUAUAUCCUCCACAUUCAAAACUCACAGAUAAAGAGAAAACCAAUAUUUGCUAUUUGUCUUUUCCAGAUUCUAAUUCAGGUUGUCUUGGGGACACACAGUUUUGUUUUAGAUUUCGACGGUCUCCUGGAAGGAAAGUCUCAUUGUGUUGUUUUCUGGACCAAUUGGAUAGAGAUCUACCAGUUUACUUAAAGAAAGAUCCAGCAUAUUACUAUGGCUAUGUACAUUUCAGACAAGUUCGAGACAAAUCAUUAAAAAGAGGCUAUUUCCAGAAGUCGCUCGUCCUCAUCAGCAAACUACCUUAUGUCCAUCUGUUUCGCACCAUGCUUAAGCAAAUAGCACCAGAAUAUUUUGAAAAAAGUGAAGCUUUCCUGGAAGCAGUUUGUAGUGAUGUUGAUCGUUGGCCACCACCAAUUCCAGGGAAAAUACUGCAUUUGCCUAUUAUGGGUAUUAUAAUGAAGUUGCGGAUUCCAACAUACCGUGACAAGCCUGGAACAACGCCAAUAGUACAGAAUAUGCACCAGGCAGAUGCUCAGAUCUCCAUGGCUUUACCGACUGUUCAUGAAGUAGAUCUUUUCAGGUGUUUCUGUCCAGUGUUCUUUCACAUUCAGAUGCUUUGGGAACUAGUACUGCUAGGAGAACCACUGGUCGUGAUGGCACCAUCACCAUCAGAAUCUUCAGAAACUGUGUUGGCACUUGUUAGUUGUAUUUCACCGUUAAAGUACUGCAGUGAUUUCAGGCCAUACUUUACCAUACAUGACAGUGAAUUCAAAGAAUAUACAACUCGCACACAAGCCCC